UCUGUCCAACCGUUCCUCUGCUUUUGUUAUUCUGUGACUUUAUUCUUUCUUUCUUCUUCUUCUUCUUCUUCUUCUUCUUCUUCUUCUUCUUCUUUCACUUGCUGCUGCUACUGUUGCUAGCAGUAGUACUGGUCUCUUUGUAAGCUAACGACAAAGCUGCCCUCCCCUGAAAGGGCAGACUGUCUCUGUAGUACUAGAGAGUACCCAUACUUACAAUAAUGAAGGAGAGUGGCAGGAAACAAGGGGCCACAUCUCCAUGUGCAGCAUGCAAGCUUCUACGUAGGCGGUGCGCGACGGAUUGUGUCUUUGCACCUUAUUUUCCGGCCGACGAGCCACAGAAGUUCGCUAACGUUCACAAGGUUUUUGGUGCCAGCAAUGUCAACAAGAUGUUACAGGAGUUACCAGUGCACCAGCGUGGAGAUGCUGUGAGUAGCAUGGUUUAUGAAGCAAAUGCAAGGGUUAGGGACCCAGUUUAUGGGUGUGUUGGGGCCAUAUCAUCUCUACAGCAACAGGUCGAUGUCCUACAAACCCAACUGGCCCUGGCACAGGCGGAGGUAAUCCACAUGAGGAUGCGCCAGGCGGCAUCCACAUCCAAUCUCACAGUUGGCUCCAGUGAUUGCACCUCACCAUCACCCAACAAGCUUGUAAUCCCUCAUUCUAAGUCCUUCUUUGCCCUAGAUAUGGUGGUAGACCAGACCAGUUUCGGAGAAUCCUUGUGGUCUUGCUAGCUUUAGCUUUUCAUAAUUCUGCUGUUCUGGACCUUUAUUUUUAUUUAUUUUUGUCUUUUACCUUGGCUUUUUGUUACUUCUCUGUUAUAAGCAUCCUAACUUCAUCCCAAUUUGACUGGAGAUGAAUGUUGUGAUGAUGACCCUCUUUCUAUCCUCAUGGCUUGAAGUAGGACUUCUAUCAUUAACCAUAUUGAUAUAACAUUAUAGUGUAUAUAAAUAUAUAUAUAUUAAACUGUUGAUUAAAGUUAUUAGAUGGUUAAUGUAGGUGAUGAAUAUUGCUGCUUUAUGUUC